AUGCCACGUAAAGCCACUAAAAGCGCAAGUGCUCCAGCCCCCAGGAGCAAUUCUAAACGUCCUGCACCGGAGGUUCCAGCACGGCAGUCUAAGAGAGCACGGGCUACCGCAAGGAAGUCUUACGUCGAACCUGAGAGCGACACGGAUAGCGACGGGAACAAACCCAAGGCAGACGUCGCACCCGACGAUGACGAGGAUGACGUUGUAGCAUCUGACUACGAGGAACAUAGCGACAAGGAUCCAUCGUCGGAAUCCGAGCACGAUGAAACCGCCAGUGACGACGAACCUGAGGACAAGCGAGCAGCUCCCAGAGGGCGCGGAACCAAGAGCCUUGCCAUACACAAGAAGGCUGCUAACGAGAAAGAGCUAUGGAAACCCGGUGCGAAGCUCGCACCAGGAACACAACUGAUCAUCAAGAAACCAAAGGCUCGAGAUGCAGGCGACACGCCGUACUUGGAUCACACAAUCCACCCAAAUACUAUGCUGUUCCUUAAGGACUUGACAGCUAACAACGACCGCCAAUGGCUGAAGCGUGAGUGA